AUUAUUAUCUCUUUUGGCCACACUUAAAUAACUCAUCUAUCUAAUAACAUGGCCACCGCCACUACUGCCCUUCCCUCUAUCCUCCUUAUUCUUGCCUUGGCAUUCACGGUUGCUACUACGGUUGUUGCUAACCAUCCAUCUCCUCCUCCCUCUGCUGAAGCCAUACUUAUGAAGAAAUGCAGUGAAGUCCUCGGCUCGCGUCGCCCUCUUGUUGUCAGAUUUUGUGCUCACGAUUUUCUCGGUCAUAGAGCUGCCUUGCUCGCUACCUGCGAUAGGAGAAAAACGGUGGCGGUUGUCAUAAAGGAAGUCCACAACAAAGCUAAAGCUGUUGAGGCUUUGGAGAAAAAGAUAAAUUCUGAUAAGUCUUUAAGCAUAAAAGAUGCCCAAGACUUGAAGAGUUGUUGGGCAAUUACAAAUAAGGUGGUUAGUUCACUCGCGAAUGUUUUUAUCAAUAGUUCAGUGGAGAAGCCUUCCACGGAAUCUAUUAUGAUGUUGAAAAGGGCCCUGCCUGGAGAUGUAGCUAAGACAAAGGAGAAAUGUGAUUACACCGUUCCUGGAAGACAAAAAGGUUUGUGGUUAGAAUUACGAAUCAAGGAAUUGGAAUCUAUAUCAGCUGAUAUAGUGGCGUCGGCGUUUGUGGAUCACCUCUAUAGUACUACCCACUAAUUUAAUAGUGUGCGCUUUGUGAGAAAAAGAGUAAUUAUAAUAGGAAACCAGGUGAAAAUGAUUCUGUUCAUUUCCUAAAUAUGGGAUUGAUUACCAUCAUAUUUGUUUAUUCUUGAUCUAUCAGUGGAGAAUGGAGAUAAAUAGAUUACAUUAUCUUAAUAUUUUGAUCAUAAA